CCUUAACUCAAACCACUGUGUGGCUCCCAGAGGAAUCAGUCAUGGGACUGCUGCUGCCGAUUCUUCUUGGCUUUCUUGCUGCUCUGAUUGGAGGACUGUACCUACUCGGGGUGUUUCGACAGCGGCAACCAGGAGAACCCCCUUUGGAUAAGGGGCUCAUCCCUUGGCUGGGUCAUGUCUUAGAGUUUCGCAGGAACACGUUUAAGUUCCUAGAGAGGAUGAAGCAAAAGCAUGGCGAUGUGUUCACAGUACAGCUGGGAGGGUUUUAUAUUACAUUCCUUCAGGACCCCCUAUCAUUUGGGGCACUUGUUAAGGAGAGUCGAGAAAAACUGGACUUCAGCAAGUUUGCUGUGCAUCUGGUGCGCAGAGUGUUUGGUUACAUAGCUGUAGAGGACGACCACCACAUUCUUCAGGUGUCCAGCAGCAAGCACCUGAAAGGGGAUGGCCUGAAGGUAAUGACACUAGCCAUGACAAGUAAUUUGCAGAACCUGAUGUUGCACAACAUCGGCUCAGCUGCAGACCAACGGACCUGGAUGGAAGACGGACUGUUCAUGUACAGCUACAAUAUUCUUUAGGGCGGGUAUUUAUCCUUGUAUGGCAAUGUGCCACACAAGUCAGAAGGAAGUGAGGAGAAAGCCAAAGAGAAAGACAGAGCUGAAUCAGAAGCCUUAUUUUACGAGUUUCGUAAAUAUGACCAACUCUUCCCCAACCUGGCUUAUGGGGUCCUGCCACCAAGAGAAAGGUUGGAAGCAGAGAGGCUAAUGGGAUUCUUCUGGGACUCUCUGUCAGUGGAGAAGAUGAAGACCAAGGACAACAUUAGUCGCUGGGUGUGGGACAUGCAGCAGGCCAAAGAGGAGAUGGGUAUGAAGGAGUCAAUGAUAAACAGGUACAUGUUUGUGCUUCUUUGGGCCUCUCAGGGCAACACAGGGCCUUCUGCAUUCUGGCUGCUCCUCUUCCUCAUGAAACACCCAGAAGCCAUGACAGCGGUGAAGGAAGAGAUAGAUAAGGUUCUGAAGGAAUCUGGGCAGGAAGUCCAACAUGGUGGCCCGUUAAUCAACCUGACCCAUGAAAUGCUGAUGAAAACACCAAUCCUGGACAGUGCUGUAGAAGAGACCCUCCGUCUCACUGCUACACCCCUCCUCACCAGAGAAGUGCUCCAGGAUAUGACCCUCAAGAUGGCUGAUGGGCGUGAAUACUUCAUUCGCAAGGGUGACAGAAUGGCAUUAUUUCCUUACAGUGCCAUUCAUAUUGACCCAGAGAUCCACCCUGACCCACAUUCAUUCAAAUACAACCGCUUUCUGAAUCCAGGCGGGAUCAAGAAAACAGAUUUUUACAAAGCAGGGAAGAAGGUGAAGUAUUACAACAUGCCCUGGGGUGCUGGGGUCUCCAUGUGCCCUGGACGUUUCUUUGCCACCAAUGAGCUGAAACAGUUUGCUUUCCUCAUGUUGGUCUAUUUUGAGAUUGAGCUGAAGAAUCCUGAUGAGAAGAUACCUGAAUUUGAUUUCAGGCGAUGGGGCUUUGGAUCGAUGCAACCCAACAGAGACAUUCAGUUUCGAUACAGACUCAGAUAUUAAACCAAAUCAUUUUUAUUUUUCUGAUAAAACAUUUUCUGAUUUUGAUCGAGCUUUAAGUAGACAAUUAUGUUUCUAGGAAAAGUGGUUCUACAAUGAAUUAUUAUUUUACACUUGGAGAGUAGUUGCCAUUCCUUGUCACACCUUAUCUGAGAUCUGUCUAUAGAGGGAAUAGGAGCAGCAACACGACCAGUGAGAAAUUUCAACAGUGAUGUGAAAGAAAGCUGCAACCAAGACAACCAAGAAGAUAGAUAAUGAGAAGAAAAGAAAACAAAAAAAUGGUUGUACAUUCAGUACUUUUAAUAAUUCUCUCUUCUACAUUUCAAAGACCAACACAAUGAUUUAUUUUGUGUGCAUUUGUUGAUUUAAUUAAAUUAAAUACAUUUAACUAAGAAAAAUCUUUUUUUAAAUGUUAUUUUAAAGUAGAAAAAUGCUUUGUUUAUAUUUUACAUGCAUUUCUGUUUGUAAUUGUUAAUCAUUUGUUGAACAAAAAUAAAUCUGUUUGUGUAACCUUAACAUCAGAGGGCAGGUGUUAUCUUUGAUAGCUCCUGUCUUACAUAUGUGUGAUUCUUAAUCUGACGAUCAAGACAGCAAUCUGUGUUUUUAGGACAUGUUCAUAAAUCAAACAUCACCGGACUAGUUUCCCUAGGAUGUCAAACUUAGGUUUCAUUCAGGGUCCAAUAAUAAUGUGUGUCUGUUUUUUCUAUUUUUUAACCUGUAAUAAAGACUUUAAUGAGACUGAAGUAGAAACAAAUGACAUUUUCCUUGAUUGGACAAGCCUAUGACAUACUGUGGUCUCUGAACUUUAUUGUUUUACAGUGUAAAUAGUAAUGUGUAACUUAAAGUUUACUCAGCAGCUGCAGUAAAUUAGCUAUGGCCACAUUAAAAUAACCCAAUCAGUUGUUGCUUAUAUUCACUAUCAUCCCAAUGAGCUGACUAUGCAGUUUUACAUGAGACUAGGUGUUGUAAUCCAUUUACAGAAUCUUGAUUUUGAGAGAAUUCAACUCAUAUUACCUUUUUUUUUAACCUGUAAAUGUAGUUAUAUAACUUUUAACAUGUUAAUUUGUGCCAUUAUAUAUCACCAUUUCUGAAACAGUUUCUGCAUCUGCAUUUUACAUUUAUCUUCUUGAUUAUAAACUAGCUUUGGUUAUCAUCCUUAAAUGCUGUGUUGUGAGUGUUUUCCAGUAUUCUUAAAACAAUACACUAUUUCUUCCAAGUUGGUGGUGGAGGAAGUUGGUUAUUGUGGUGAUUACUCAUCAUAGCAAUCAUACAAUAUCACGUAAUGGAUAACAAAUAUAAUUUUAUGUUAUUGAGUAACAAGUCUGGGAACAGUGUUGGGGUAACAGUAAUAUAUUACUUUUAGCAGGAACAAAGUAAUAUAAUGCGUUACUAAUAGGAUUUCGGCAAUAUUAUAUUUACUAUGUCAAGUAACUCGUUACAACCCAAAAUUAUGUUUUUUCUUUUUUUUUUAAGAAUCCCAAUACUUUCAGUUUAUCAAAUAAAAGGACAAGAACAUAAUAAUCAAGUGCAGUCUAUGUCUAGGGAAGCCGAGGGAACUCUCUACAGCGAGAAAUAGCACAAGUAAUCUGAAAAAUAUUCAUCCCUAUUUCAUAAUUUAUCAGACUUUGAUCCUUUGCCUGCCCAUCCCUGUGUCCAUGACUAUUCGUUUAUUAAAUAAUGUCUAAGCUAUUUAAUUGUUCUUUAUCAUCACACUAUUGUUAAGCAGGUGAUUUUAAUACAAAGUGGUAACUGCUGCAUGUGAAUGCAUGAAUGGGCAAAGUCUGCGCUCCUGAGAAGAGCCUUCAAUAUGCUAUACGAUAUCGCCCACCACUGGAUUUGUAAUAAACAGCAAUAAACUUGAACUUCUGGGCUUUGAUUACCUGCUAUCAAACAACAUUACCUUGUCAUUUUAGCUAAUUGCUCUGAUCUGUACAGCACUUUGGUCAACGUGGGUUGUUUUUAAAUGUGCUUUAUAAAUAAAUUUGAUUUGACUUGA